UGUGUUUAUCAAGCACAGUGUUGCCACAGAUGACGAAAGAAUGAAGAUGAUCGUAGCUCUUGUCAUUAUUUAUAUGAGUCGUGUUGCUUUGGUCUCGACUAAACAAGAGCUAACAUGCGGCGCCUUGAUUCCUCCGUCUAAUGGUAGACGUUUAAAAGAUGAUAACACUAUCGGAUCAUUUGCAAUGUUUGCUUGCAACCCCGGUUACGACCUUCAAGGACCAAGAUGUUUAUUUUGCAGUGUGGACGGCGAAUGGAACCCGCGGGAAACCCCAUGGUGUAUUCCUGUAAAAUGUCCAGACGCCUCCUACAUUGCAAAUGGCAAAUCUUUCCAGGAAAACUGGCAGAGAUCUGAGGACACGUACCAGAGUGUUAUAAGAUAUAGCUGCGACGAAAGUUACGUUAUUGACGGGGACGCCAGAAGGGUAUGUCAGGCUGACGGUACAUGGAGUGGACGUAUGCCUCAGUGUACAACACCGCGAUGUCCCAACAUAACUUUGGAUAACGGAACUGUGACUUACUUUGGAGAGAGGAAAGUAUAUACCUUGGCAUUUUUUAACUGCAGCGAAAAUUUUGACUUAAGUUCUGUAGCAAAUACAGAAUGUGAUAAGAACCAGCAAUGGGUAGAAAUACCGAAGUGUAUACCUCGUUUGAAGCCAUGGGUACCUGCCAAUGGAUUCACAAACACCAAAGCUUCUGCAUUUGUCAAAAAUGGAGAAAGCUAUUACGCAUACUGUGAUGACGGGUUCUUGAUGGCGAACACUACGACGGAUAAAUUCUUGGUUGAUUAUGUCAGAAUUCUGGGAAUCAAGAAUGAGUUGGGGAAAUUUACAAUGAUUUCUUACCCCUACGAAUAAUACACCACUUUGGAAUGCAGGGAUGUUCGGGCAAAUACGUGGCAACCAAUAAAUGGACAUAUAGAUUUAAAAAAGAAAAAAAAGAAUCUACUGUUUCAUAAGGAAAAAUAUAAUGUGAUAUGUGAUGAAGGAUUCUUGUUUGCGAAUACUAAGAACGAUACAUUCCUGGGACAGGGUGUCAGAUCACUGGGGGUCUUGAAUGAGCUGGGGAAACUUACAGUGAUUUCUUACCCCAAUCUAGCUUACACCUCUCUCAAAUGCAAGGACGCUCGUUUGAAGCCAUGUAUACCUGUCAAUGGAUUCACAUCAACCAAAGAAUUGGUCAAGCAUGGAGAAAGCUAUCGUCUUAGCUGCAAUGAUGGGUUUGUGCUGUAUGAUGUGUUUCAACAAAAUUUCUUGAGAGAUCAUGUGGUCGUUAGAAACAUGCUAGGGAAUUGUAUCUACGACAACCAUCCAGUCACGAAUUUGAUGUGUGAAGACGCCCGUUGUAAAGCACCCAAGGUUCAAAACGGUAAAUUGGUUGCUGAGGGGUUUUUGAAUACAUGCAAAUACGACUAUAAAGAAAACUACAUGGAACAUGGAUCCAAGGUUUUUAUAAAAUGCAACGAUGAAUAUGAGCUGUUUAAUGAGACGAGCGGACUGUUGCUAAAAUCGAACAUCAUCAGUAUUGCAUGCGAGUUGACAAAGAUUUUACCCGACAUCAUUCCAAGAUGUAUAAUUCAUAUGCAAACACCAAAGAAAGAGUCAAGUGACGCGUUCUUGCCAAACUCAAACCAGACAGCAGAAAAAGAUCAACAGUGUCAUGGACGAGUGUUGUUAACCAAGAACUGUCGACCGUUACCGCUAGUACUUCUGUACCAGGCAAUGGCAGAAAUAAAACCGAUGCGAACCAGAAAAACGGUGGCAAAUGGAACACGCGUAAGGUUGACUUGUGCACAAAGAAAUUAUGAAUAUCCAAACUUGUAUACUGACGAGGAAACUGACGACAGUAACGAACAAGUUGCUGACAUUGAAUGCGUUGAUGGUGACUUUGCAAAACAUAAUCUCACAUGUAAGACAGAGUCUGAAGAAGAGUCAAAGUCAGCGCCUAUAAAGUCUACAAAUAUCGAUAAUGGAGAUAUAACAGACCGAGCAAUGUCAGCGAAAUGUAAAGAAGGCUAUAAGCUUUGGUUCGAGAACGAAAUUGAUGAAAGUUUAUAUACAGAAACUUCGUGUAUGUGCAACCAAACCACCGGUAGAAUACAGUGCUUUGGGACCAAUGUAGAAUGUAAACCAAUUGGCUGCAAAAUCCCAACAUAUUUGGAGCAAGGAUUAACAUUAUAUGACCUAUUCCAACGAACGCUAACAUCCGGUGCCAACCGUUAUGAAAUUCAGCACAACGAAUCUUAAACAUUUACCUGUGCGCUUUCUGGCGAC